AUGGAAGAUUUCUUUUCGGAACGCCCAACUAAAUCACGUAAUUCAACCUUAUAUCAACAACCUCAGCCUUGGGUUGAAAAAUACCGUCCAAAGUCGAUUGAUGAUGUUACUGCUCAAGAACAAACAGUUGCAGUUUUAAAAAAAUCCCUAGAAUCCAAAAAUUUACCCCAUAUGCUAUUUUAUGGUCCUCCGGGAACUGGCAAAACUUCCACGAUAUUAGCAUUAGCUCGAGAACUUUACGAACCCGAAAUCUUGAGAGAUCGUAUCCUGGAGCUCAAUGCAUCAGAUGAACGAGGCAUCAAUGUUGUCAGAGAAAAGAUAAAAAAUUUUGCACGUGUAAUUGUUGGCAAUCGAGGAGAAAGCAAAUACCCAAACCCUCCUUACAAAAUAAUCAUUCUUGAUGAGGCCGAUCAAAUGACAAACGAUGCUCAAACAGCUCUAAGAAGAACAAUGGAAACCUACUCUCGAGUCACGCGUUUCUGUCUAAUAUGCAAUUAUGUUUCACGUAUCAUCGAGCCAUUAGCGUCGCGUUGUGCCAAAUUUCGCUUCAAGCCAUUAGAUAUUGAGAAUACUAAAGAACGUCUUCAAAUGAUUUGUGAACAAGAAAGAAUUAAAUAUGAACCGGAGGCAUUGGAUCAGUUGAUUUCCGCUUCAGAGGGGGAUUUGAGAAAGGCAAUCAUGUACCUUCAGAGUGCUUAUCGUCUCCAUAAGAAUGAACUUAUCACUAGAUCAUCAAUUCUAGAAAUCGCUGGGACUAUACCUGCAAAUAUAAUUGAUAAUCUUCUCGGACAGGCUUAUAAUUUAUCGUACACAGGUAUCGAAAGUGCCGUCAAAGAAAUUGUGAAAUCCGGUUAUUCGUCGAACCAAGUCUUAUUACAGGUAAACGUUGGCUCUUUAUCUGGUUUUCUGCAAAGAAAGUCUUUAAUUGAUCAAGAACAAACAAAAAUGGUUAAUGUGUUGACACAGAUUCAAGAAAAGAUUAUAUAUGAAGAACGACUUACGGAUAUUCAAAAAUCGACGAUUUCUCAACACAUUAGUGAAGUAGACAAUAAUCUUAAUGAUGGCUCAGAUGAGCACCUGCAGAUAUUGGCCCUGAUAUUAAAUAUCAUGAGAGCGUUAUGA